AGCUAUGUUAGAAAUAAGUUAGAUCUUUAAACAAGAGCAAGGCUGAGUAGAAAAUUGCAAUCCCUGGGUUUGGAAAUGGCAGCGGCAGGUUGUCAGAAGCUUCUGGAAUUGAGCACGAAGAUCGUCGCUGUUGGCAGAAACUACGCUGCUCAUGCCAAAGAACUAGGCAACGCCGUUCCCAAGGAGCCGGUGUUGUUUCUGAAACCGACGUCGUCUUACUUGAGUAACGGCGGAACCAUUCAAAUCCCACACAACGAGGGCUCUCUGCAUCACGAGGUUGAGCUCGCUGUGGUCAUCUCCAAGAAAGCCCGUGACGUCUCCGAAUCCUCUGCCAUGGAUUACGUCGCCGGUUAUGCACUGGCUCUGGAUAUGACUGCUAGGGACCUUCAAGCUGCUGCUAAGUCUGCAGGUCUUCCAUGGAGUUUGGCAAAAGGCCAGGACACUUUCACCCCUAUUAGCUCUAUUUUGCCAAAGACUACAGUGCCGAAUCCCGAUGAUCUAGAAUUAUGGUUAAAGGUUGACGAGGAAAUUCGGCAAAAGGGCUCAACCAAGGACAUGAUAUUUAAGAUCCCAUUUCUGAUUAGCUACGUAAGCUCUGUCAUGACAUUGUUUGAAGGAGAUGUCAUACUAACUGGUACUCCCCCGGGUGUUGGCCCUGUGAAAGAGGGUCAAACAAUUACUGCUGGUAUUACAGGCCUUGUGGACGUACAGUUUAAUGUUGAAAAAAGAGCAAGGCCUGUUCUUUCUUGAUAACUCCUCGAGGGUACUUCAGUUAUACAUCAAAUAUCUUGCCAAAAGGAAACUUGUGGACACAAUAAAAAUUCAGUUAUAUGGACUUCAGAGUCUAUACGAUAUUUAACAGUUUUUUUUUAAUGGUCAUUGAAUCAGUACCAUACAUCUUGGUGGAGUGCUAUUUUAGACUUUCGUCAUGAAAAUGUUUACGAUGAUGGGAACUGAGCGUGCUAUUUAUGGUGGAUGUGCUUUUUUAUACUGUAGAAAGUGAUGAUUAUGAUGGAGCACAUAUGGAUUCCUUUUAAAAAUUGUCAAGAGGCCACUUGAAUGUGAUGGGAUCAUGUCAUGUCUAAAACUAUAGUACUUAAGUUGCAAUUUGCAUGACAAAAUAUCCAAUUACAAUGGUGGGAAAA